AUGGCAGCCGUUCUCCGGGUCUCUUGUUUGUUUCUCCAUCUGAUCCUCUACUACAAGAUAGUCGACUGGUCUGGGGAGAUGACUCCGACUUAUGUACGGCUACUCUGUAUGAUUCAUGAUCCACACCCAUCUCACAUCCUCGGUCAGACAGAUGCUUGCUUCAACUUCACCCACUGUAUGAGGCCGGGUGACCAGCUAGGUAAUCUAGACCUGAGCAACCCCCUUCCAGGGAGAAAGAGGGUGUCGGAGGAGGCUUCUAGAACGGGGGCUAGAGGAGUCAGUGGUGGUAUAAAGUCCAGUAAAUGUGGUGGUGGUAAUGGUGGUAAAGAAAGAAAGAAGAGCCACCGCCCAAAAGAGAGUGUUUUUCUCCCCGUCCAUCCCGCCGCUAUUGCCGCCGCCGUCGAUUUGGCUGGUGGCUCCAAUUCCAAGACCGCCGCCGCACCUGCUUUGCUUUUUCGCAUUUUGACUUUCUUGUUCAGUUCAGUCUUCCCUGCCCCGGUGGAACCUCUCCGGUCUGCCUUCUCCCCUCUACUAGUCAUAACUAGACUAGAACGAACUACCUGA